AACAACAACUACAUUUCGUCCCACUAUCAGUGGUACCAUUCUUCCGCGGAAAUUUCAGAGGAAGAGAAGAGAAAGAAGAAGAAAUGGCAGCGUCCACGGAUGGCGACGAAAACAGCGCCAGUUACCAAGGUUCAAAUGAAAAUGACGAGCGCAGAUGUUCAGGACACUCCGACAGUGACAAGGCAAGCGAUAAGGAGCGCGGGCUCUGGCGUUGGGUGAAGCGCAGGAAGUGGUGGUUACGUCCACGUCUCUCGCGGUCGCCAUCAGAGCGCGUUCUACUCAACUGGGUACUGUGCCUGAUCACGUUCGUGGGCGUCGUCACAGUGAGCAUGCUGUUCGUGCUCAUGAAAGUCUACCAGAAUUCGCGGUUCGGACCCAAGGACCGGCAGCUCGCGGAGCUGUACAGCCUCAUCACAACGGAUGGGUACAAGUCCGACGACGGCCUAAACGACGCUCUCUUGGAGCAGAUCACCGACCACGACAUGGCCCUCAUGCUCCGGGCUUUCGAAAAGGCCAAGGCAGCCGUGGACCCAAUCACAACGGUAAAGAACUACUGGGAAAGCCUUGAUAUGGAUGUCCUGAAGGUUAAGAAAUACAGAAUUCUUCGCAGCUACCCACACGACACCAAAAUGAACGAGGUGGGUCUGUACCGUCACCGAACUAUGCUCUUCAAUACUACAAGUACCGACGUCCAGUCGAGCAUCUCGAACAACCGGUCCGCUUUUCUGGCAUACUCUCCUGCUGGCGACGUGACUGGGCCCGCUGUGUAUGUCAACUAUGCGGAGGACUCUGACUUCAAUCUUUUGAGCUCUUACAACAUUAACGUUGCCGGGCGCAUAUGUUUGAUACGAGUCGGGAAGAUCGCCAAGGGUGAGCAGAUAAUGAACGUCCAAGCACGGGGUGCCAUUGGAGCAGUCUUCUUCCUGAGCUCACUGGACGUCUCAGCCGCAGUGAAUCGAAGCGACAGCUUUCCUGAGCCCAUCUGGAUUGGUGACAACGCCCUGCAACAUGGGACAGUGGCCAGGCUUCUAGGCGACCCCCUUACGCCCGGUUACCCCUCGCACGGUGGCCUGCAUCGGCUGAGCGUGCAAGAAUCUGGCCUGCCCUCCAUCCCCGCGCAGCCGAUAAACGAGGACGACGCCCGAGACAUAUUCCGGCGGCGCGAUUUCGCGCAGGUACAUGACGGAAGUAACGUGUCCCGAGCAGUGGGAUCCCCACUUGAAUGUCCAGUGCGCCCUUGUCUUGGAUCCCAGCACGACCUGCGUAGUCACCGGCUGACUGAACAGCGGCAGGCGCUCUUGUUUCCCGGUGGCAGGCUCCGGAUAAAGACGCACAACAUCAUGAAUGUCUCCACAUUCGAGAACGUCAUCGGCAUGUGGAGGGGAAACAUCGAACCAGACCGGCUGGUGGUACUGGGCGCCAGGGCCUCGCGGAUAAUGACCAGCCCAAACCUGGAGAACCAGUGGUUUCCCGUAAGCCAGCUCCUGCAGCAGACCAUCGCCUUCCGAACCCUGCGCCGCAGGGGAUGGCGUCCGAGGCGCAGCCUCGCCUUCGUGCUCUGGCACUCGGACGAGCACGGCGCCCAGGGCUCCGCCGAGUGGGUCGAGGACCGUGCCGGCCUGCUCCGCAAAGGGGGCGUGAUCUACGUGGACAACAGCCCGGUCGUAGGAAGUCUGUUCGAACCGCACGCGUCUCCGGGCCUGUUUUCAUCGCUGAGAGAAGUAACAAGCAGGGUGCAUCCAGAUGGAGGGGAGGAAACGCUGAAGUCUACCUGGAAGUCGCAACCUCACACCCCAAAAAACGCUGACGGGGAACCAAUGGCGCUGCCCGUGACCGGCCAUUCAGACGACGGUCCGUUCGCUUUCGCUGCUGGGAUGCCUACCCUCGCUGUGUCCUUCGGUGAGCCCGCGCGUCCGUACGGCGUGUGGCCCGCUCACCGCAUGGUGUCCACCAACUCCUCAGAACUGACAAAUGCGCUGAAGACAGCGACGCAGGUCGGCGCGCUGAUGGCUCGCAUGUGGGCCGACCGAGAGGUGCUGCCCUACGCGCCGGCUGAAAUGGCAUGGUGGCUCACCGACGCUCUCGAACGCUUUGAGCGCCGACAUGCUGAUACGCUUCGCAACCAUGGCCUGAGCAUCAAGUCGGCAAAGCGUCUCGCGAAGACAUUCCACAAAGUGGCGGAGAGUUUUAUGCACUACGUCGCUGAAGCACCCCGCACAAACCCCCUCAUCACGUGUAUGAUCAAUGACAUCAUGGCUGGUAUGGAGAAGGUGUUUACCAUCCCGCGAGGUGUGCCGACAAGACACAUCACUCACAGGAACAUUCUGUACUCGCCCGAAGGCAUUCCCUUUCCUGGCCUCGAAGAUGUACUUAGGCUAAAGCCCGUCAACAAAGUAGCAUUCAGAAAACAUCUGGCCCUCCUUAUGGAAAGCAUCACACAAGCUACAGAACUAAUGACCGUAACCCCUUUUUAAACUUAGCACUCUCCCGCCGGAACUGGAGAACCCACUGGAAAUAAAAGGUACCCUCUAGA